AUCCGUUCACUCACCCCUGUGGCGAAUGGCCUGUCCUUGGAACAUCGGCUGCGAGCCUUUCUCCUUGCUCGCACCUUGAACGUUAGUACAGGACUGCGCAACACUUUUGCCACAUCGAUUCUCUGGGUGCGUCGUUCGAUCCACAUUGCAACACACCCCUUCCCUCUCCACAAUACGGUGAAGGACAGAAUCCACAGGGACGGUCAAGGACAAGUGAUUCCACUUGUUGGCGCUCUCAGGAAUAGCAGGCUCGGAUCACACAGCGAUUCAGUAGUAGGCCAUGGGAGACUAUCGGGCAGGACGAGAUCGCAGUCCCUUCUGCGCGCGAAGUAACGUCGACCCAGCUGCCUACGCCACAGGACGAAGUCUUGCAGCUUACGGUACACCGGCUGGACCAUUUGAUCAUCAAUACGCACCGUCGACUUCGCGGACCGCCAGCGGUUCGGCAUUGUACUACUCCGACAGUCAAGGCUCGCUUCCUCCACACGCACAGGCCGGUAGCAACUAUCAUCUCGACCGCCAUGGAGAGUGGUACACUAGCAUGAGCACUCAUCCGCCGGGAGAGCAAAUUCACUCCAACGACGGCAGGUCCGAUUGCGUUGGCUCCAGGUUCGACGAAAGUCAGCGUCAGCUACGGCCAAUGCUGGCCACACACUCCUACCACACCCACACACCGCAACGCAGCCCACGAGCUCCGCCAGAACGAGCAGAGCCGAAUUCGUGGCAGUCGAGCUACGGGUCGGAGGCACUCGAGCACCUUCAGAAAAGCAACAGCAAAGUGACAGCCGAGCGGGGAACGUCGCCGCAUGUGCAUGAACCACCGAGAAGGAGCUUCGGAGCAAGACACGCGGCUGAGCCUCUCAGCCCCCAGCAUCCUUAUUACAGUUCACACCAAGGCAGCCUUUCCCCCGAGCAGUGCAGAGCCGGUGCACAGCUUGCGGAGUCAUCCUGGGGUCCGAGCAGUCAUGCUGCCUCGGCCGCGCCGGCUCGGCCACCGCAGCAGUCGCACUUCCCUGGGUUGCCACCGCUGAAUGGCCCUUGCGAUGCGCUUUACAUGGCCGCGUCCGGAGGUGGUAGCGCAAGCGGCAACUUCUGUGGCUCCCGGACUCGGUCAGGUACGGCCGGCUCGAACGGAUCACGGGCCUUUUCUCAUUCUCAGGGCGGUGGCAUCGGCGUCACGGCUGCGCUCGCGAAUGAGAACCGAGACCCUUUGAGACCUCGAUCGUCCGCCUCUUUCGGCAGCGUUUCCUCUCCGAGUCCUCCAGAAGCAGACAGGUCAAGCAAUAGCUCCGUCGCCGACGCUGUUGUGGCCACACUGACAUCACCGGCAGGCGUCGUGCAGUAUGCGAACAGCGACGAUGCAGAGGGAAAUUUGGCCAAGGCCGAUGGGCCCACGCAACACCAGGCGACGCGCAAGCAGAACAGCGCGUGCGACGCCUGUCGAAGGCGCAAGGUACGAUGCAUCCGAAAUGGGGACGAAAAGAAGUGUGCCCUGUGCAAGGCAAAGGGCGUUGAAUGCACAUCUAUCUAUGUCUCUCAAGCAACCAAUGCCACACGCAAGCCGAGCAAGCGCGCCAAAUUUCGCAGCGAACGGGCGAGUAGCAGCACGGAGGACGAAGUGCCGCAGCGUGUUCAUGCUCUACUGCGUUUCUUGUUUGUGCGCUCUGCUCCGUCCUCCGUGACAACGUACGAGGCUUCGGCUACUUCUCCGAACGAUGGAGCCAGCGCCCCAAAAGCGAGCAGGUCGGAAAGCCAGCGAUCCUUGCUGUCUUUUCUCCCGGCGCCUUCUAGUGCGCUCGAGGCGAAGCUCAGUACCACUGCCGCUCGUCUGGCGCUUGCGCAUGAACUAAUCAACACGUACUUUUCCAUUAUGCAUCCGCGCUUUCCUGUUCUCAACCCGCAGACAUUUCGGGAGCAGCAUCUCUUUGCUUCGUCAGAUUUCCGAAGCACGUAUGGACAAGAUGGUGCGAUCUCCGAGCCAGUGUUGGCGAUGGUGCUCCUCUGGGGUGCAAAAUUCAGUGACCAUCCUAUCAUCGUCGAAGACCGUAAAGAGUGUGCGGAGGCUCUGCAAACCAUACAGAAAAAUUGGCCUGCAAGCCGCAAACGAAAGGCGAUCGGCGAAACUGCUGGCGUAGGCAGUGAUCCAGAGGAGCAUCUUUCAAAGCUUCUUCGCCAGCAAGGUGUCAGCAGAAUUUCGGAGCAUAUCUUCCAACGCGUCUUAGAGCUCUUUGACUCGAAGCGGGUCUCGCACAACCCAAGCGUGGAGAACAGCAUAGCCUGCUUGCUGAUGAUCCCGUACGCUCCCGCAUGGCCGCGUUUCUCGUCUCUCUCAUGCUACCCGUACGGAGAGUCGAUCAUUUCGAUCACUUGCAAAUCGUGGGACAAUUUUUAUCUACGCACGGGGCUGGAACACAUGCGCCAGCUGGGUUAUGACAGACAGGAUUCGCUGGUCAGAAUUAGCGACCCGGAGCGAAGGAGGGCCAUUACCCUGUGCUGGUGGCUGAUGGUCCUCGCUGAUUCGUUCACGUCUGUGUUGUACCGGCGUCAGCCAGAGCUCAGCUAUGACGACUACACGACGGAGCCGCCGCGGCCCAUGUUGUCGACGGGAGUUGAUGCCCCCAAUCUGAACGGCAACGAGGCGGGCCACUCGCUCUGGAUUCAAGCACAAGGUGACCUCAUUGAAGUCUACCGCCUUUUGUCCAAGACCAUUUGGGCUCAUCGACGAGUUCAGCGUGGAGUCAGCCUGCAUGAUUUGCAGUCACUGGUCAAGCGUUGCAACGCCUGGAAGGCGGAGUACUUGCACCGGAUUGGCAUUCCUCGCAAUUGGCCUAAAGACUGGGAUUUCAUUGCAGCGAUCUCCGCAUGCACCUCGGAGAACCAGUACACAGUUCUCUGGUUUGCAAUGUUCAUGUCUCUUGAGGAGCAUGGAAUGGACUGCGAACCGCACCAGAGGCAGCAGGCAGAUGACCUUCAGCGACACAUCUACAAUGAGACUCUCCAUUGGGCCCUCCGCAUGGCCGACUUGGCGCAGAUGCUCUCGUGUCAUGGUUAUCUGCGCCUCGAUCCAAACAUCAUGAGGGUUGGGUUGCUGUACGCCGGCUAUUGCUUGGCGAGGUUCCAAAGGUCACACGAAGUGGACAUCAUUGUCAGCGCUUUGCAUCAGUAUGGUUGGUCUACCGAAGAGUGCUACGACCAAGCGGAUCGCCUUCAAGAGUUCGCGUUACAGUGCUCAAAAGUCGCAUUGUCUUAGACUGGUUGUAUGGUAUUAUUUAAGUUAUCCUUCAUAACAUUGCGCACACGAUGAA